UCACUGUUGCGUCACAAAUCAGAACUUUCCAAAGCGAAAGUCUCUUUAAUUGAUCAGCGAUAGUCGAUUCCCAGAAUAUUGCCCAUGAAGAACUCGAAACUGAGUUUUAUUUAUUUAUGAAUGAAUGCCGGAGUGUACGAUUUCUACUCUAUUCAAUGAAGUGUGUACACAGCAUGUUUUGGGGUAAAACUAUUGCAAUGUGUUGGCAGCACGAGUGUGGCCAGACUGCCUCAAAAGUACAAAAAUAAGUGAAAAUAUUCUGGAAAGGAAAGCGCAAUCUCUAUUCUCUACGGAUCUCUUUAGUCUGCAGCUAAGAAUGGAUAAAUACAGCCUGGAAUUCCAGCUGCCACGUGUCUUCUUUGACGUAUGCGCUGGCGAGGAGCAGCUCGGACGCAUUGUGAUGCUGCUGCGUGCGGAUGUGGUGCCAAAGACCGCCGAGAACUUUCGUGCCCUGUGCACGGGCGAGAAGGGCUACGGCUACCAGGGUUCGGUAUUCCAUCGCAUAAUACCCACGAUCAUGGUACAGGGCGGCGACAUUAACGACCAGAACGGCACUGGCGGCCGCUCCAUAUACGGCGAACAAUUCGGCGACGAGAACUUCCGGCUGCAGCACACGGGAGCGGGUGUGCUCUCGAUGGCGAGUGCCGGGUCGCAUACGAACAACUCCAAGUUCCUGAUAACCACCGGGCCGACGCCUUGGAUGGACGGCAAGAACGUUGUGUUCGGCCGGGUGGAGGUGGGCAUGGAUGUGGUGGAGAAAAUAGAGGACUUUGGCUCUAGAAGUGGCAAAACCUCGCGCAGAAUUGUGAUUGCAAACUGCGGCGAUAUCGAGCCGCGCGAAGGCGUAACCGACCCAGACGACCUAUCCAUGUACAAGCCAAUAAAAUAAGCGCCCUCACGCAU